ACUGCCUUCCAGCUCAGCCACAUUCUCUGUGACUCUAACCACCAGGAGUGGGGAUUUCCGAGAUUCCUCCCACACGGAGCAAGUACUCCCCACCUCACCUCCAAUCCACAGAACCCCUCCGGAUCCCACAGCAGGAUCAAAGCCAACAUUUCUCGGCUCCGUUUGCCCCAAUCGGAUCAGGAAGAGGUGAAUCCGAACUAAGGCUGCCGAUGCUUCAGAAUGAUGAUGAAAACCGUCCUAUUGAUGCUCCUCAGCAUCCCCCAGGGAGUUGUCUACUCAUGGUGGAAUGUCCGAACACCACAGAACAUCAUGGCCUCGGACGGUUCCUGUGUGCGGAUCCCCUGCAGCUUCGAUCAUCCAGCAAGCCAUCCGCUCACUGAGGUGAAGUGGUUGAAAGACAACAAGACUCAUGGGACCCUUGUCAUCAACUCCAAAAGGCAAUCAGACCCUCAGUUCCAGCAGAGAGCUCGCCUCUACCCACAGUGGGAAACUGAGAAAGACUGCAUGUUAACUAUUACUAAUGUGACCCGUAGGGAUGUGGGCCGGUACUACUUCAGAAUGGAGGACAACAGUGGUGAGAAAUUUUCUGGACGAAAUGGAGUCCUGGUAAAUGUAUCAGUUGUGUCCAACUUGCCAAUGAUUUCCACACCCGAGGAGAUCACCGAGGGAGGGGCGGUGACGUUAACUUGCUCUGUGAGAUACGGCUGCCCAGGUCACCUGACAUGGACGGGUGCAGACGGAUUGGCUGAACAACCUUCAACAGAAGCUCAGAGCGCGGACCUGAACGUCGAGUCAACCAGCCUCUCUCUGAGAUUUGUCGCUUCCUACCGGGACCACGGCAGGACGCUGAGCUGUGAGCAUUCGUCCUCACUGGGAAAACCUCCGUCCCAACCCAUCACCUUAAACGUGAAGUAUGCUCCCACGUUUGCUCACCUCACCCUCUCUCCCUUCAAGACCAUCGGUUCCCGUGACUCUGUGACAUUGGAGUGUGUGGCCGGGGACAGUAACCCUCCAGUAACAGGAUACAGAUGGUAUCAGUCAAAUGGUGCAAGUUCCCAGACAUCAGGUCGAACAUAUCAGAUCUACAGAGCUUAUGAAGACACGGAGUACUGGUGUGAAGCCAUCAAUUCAGUAGGAAAAGCCGCCUCUGAGAGAACUAAACUGCCGGUGUAUGGGAGUAAUAACUGGGCAGUGUGGACCCCCCUCUCACUCCAUGCCCGGGAAGGGUCCUGUGUGAUCAUCCCCUGCCUGUUCCACAUUCCUGGAUUCAGAAGGAGAUACCCGACGGACGCUGGAAUCUGGUUCAAAGACCAGAAUUACAAAGGGACUCCAGUAUAUCACACUUCAAGUGGGAUCAGCGGGAAUUAUACAGGACGGGUCGAGUUCCUGGGAAACAUGCUGAGUGAAAACUGUUCAUUGAAGAUCGGGAAUUUAAAAGAAUCCGAUAGUGGGAAGUAUUAUUUCCGGAUUGAAGCAUCGGCUGGUAAAUGGUCGGAUCCAAUCGGUUUCACACUCCUGGUAUCUAGGAGUGCAGGGAGACCGGUGAUCGAGGUACCUGAGCGAGUGGUGGAGGGAGAAGCCGUAUCUCUGACCUGCUCUGUUCACACUUACUGCCCUGAGGACACUCCUGUGUUUGAGUGGCACCUCCCUGGUUUCAACGAUCCUCAGGUGACUGGGGAAGAAUCCCAGGUUUUCCAGGAUUACCAAUGGAUUUAUUCCCACACUGUGGUGUACACACCAAUGUCUGAGAAUUCCCGCCAGGCAGUGAAAUGUGCGGCCAACUUUGGAUCCCAGACACGAGAAACGGAGAUCUCACUGGAUGUGAAGAAUCCUCCUCGAAAUGUUACCAUCUCACUGUCAGUAAACGAGCGAACAGAUACUCAGAAUAUUAAGGAAGGGGACAGAGUUGUCCUCAAUUGUAACUCUGCCUCAGCUAACCCGGCAAUCAGUGAGUACACCUGGUACAAAGAUGGAACUCAAGUCUGGACAGAAAGGAGUAACAGCAUCCAGUUUCUAUCAAUAUCUCACACCGAUUACGGGACGUACAUCUGUCAGGCUUCCAAUGAAGUGGGCAGCAACCGGUCAGCGGAAUUCACAGUGACGGGCAAGGCUCGACCUCUGGGCGUUCACAUUGAGUACCACGUCAAUGGCGUACAGACCAGAGCGCCAGCAACUAUGAGAGAGAAUAAUCAGCUGACUCUGACCUGUGUCAGCACCAAGAGUGACCCACCGGCCUCCAGUUACUCCUGGUUACUAAACGACCGGAGUAAGGUGAGCCAAAAUCAGGAGCUGCGGUUUGACAGGAUUAGCCGACAAGAGAACGGCAAGAGAUAUGAAUGUCAGGCUCAUAAUGAGAUUGGAACAGGAAGCUCGGAGACCAUCACCAUCCACGUACAGUAUGCUCCCACCAACAUGAGAAUCACAUCUCCCGAUGCUGCUGCUGUUGGUCAGGACAUCACACUGUCCUGUGAAUUUGAAGCCAAUCCAGCAGCGUACUAUUUCAGCUGGAGGAAGGUGUGUGGCUCCCAGUCAACAAAGCCGUGGGAAACAAGUAAAAGUUACAGAUUGCAUGUUCAAAUGGAGGAUGCCUCCUGUGUCUAUCACUGCUCCGCAAAGAAUUUAAUCGGGGAACAGGAGUCUCCAGGCAAAUGCAUCAAUGUUCAGUAUGAACCCAAAGAUGUGAAAGUCCUGUCCAAUGAUUCUGUGGUCGAGGGAUCACAGGUUACGUUACGAUGUGAGAGUGUCGGGAAUCCACCUGCAGACACCUACCAGUGGAAGAAGGUGUGUUCCGGGACGGAGAUGAGACUCGAAGGAUCCACACGUGAGCUUCGGAUCCAGGUCUCAAUCGAGGAUGAGUCCUGUGACUAUUAUUGCAGAGCUGGGAAUGUGAUUGGAGGUCAGGAUUCGGAACCCAAACGUUUCCACAUUCAGUCUCAGGGACGGCUAUCCAAGGCGUCAGUCAUUUCAACGGCUUUGAAAGGGGCUCUGUUUCUUUUCACCUCAGUGGCUCUGAUCUGUUUCCUUAAGAACCGCAGGAAUACCAGGAAUUCAGCAGAAAAAGCAGAAAGGCUUGUGUCAGAGCAUUUGUAUGAAAUGGUCUCAAUGAGUCGUGGGGGAGUCAAGGUGGCAGAACCAAUGAAAGCUCCACAAUAAUCCAGGAACAAAGAAUGAGCAUAUGAAGAAAGAAAACAAUGAAGUUGUGGUCAUCUUCAACAAAAAAUAAUCUCGAAUUGUGAAACAUUCUGUUGUGAAACAGUCUGGUUGUGGGGUGGUAUGGGCUGCAGGAAAACAUCCAGAAAAUACAGAACCAAUUGCUGAAAAUUCACUCAACAGUUACACAUACAGGUAAAUAAGAAAAUUGCAGGCAAGCAUAGGAAAGUGAAAUCUGAAGAAAAUGAAGGAAAAAUAACAAUUCUACACCUAAUUCCGCACCUUACAACAUACUUGUAGAGCAACACAGAAGGGAGCUGAAAGGAAUCAAUAGGUCAGGCAGCAUCUAUCUUUGGAUGGGUUCGGCCCAAAGUGCCCACAGUCUGUUUUCUUCCAUAAAUCCUGCCUGAACUGAGGAGUUCCUCCAGUAUUUUGCGCAAGGCUCCAUAUUUCCAGAAUCCACAGCAAUCUGCAUUGUGCCUCCAACAUCCUUGUGAAUCUCCUCUGCACCUUUUCCUGUACAAUCCCAUGGUGUGGUGACUCGAAUUGAAAGCAGUUGUGACUGAGCCAAUGUUUUACAUAGUUGCAGCAUAACUUCUCUGCUUGUAUACUCUGUUCCUCAGCAAUGACAGCAAACAUCCCACGGCCCUUCUUCAAACCUUUUACUUCAGUGCGGCACGGUAAUUGGUCACGUGGGUCACGUGGGCUUGUAGGACCGGUAGGGUCUUACCAUGCUGAAUCUAUAAAUGUAUAAAAACAACUUUGACUGCAGAAAUUCUAUUCCCCAAUGUUAUGUGCGGCCCUGCCAUUCAUUAUUUAUACCCUUCCCUCAGUAACCCUCCCUCUAAUCACAACACACUGAUCGAGAUUAGGUUCUAAUGCUCUCCCUCACUUGGGUUCUCCCUCAGUACUGCCAUUCUGACAGCUGGCUGGUUGUUCUGUUCUGUGACCCUCCCUCAGUAUUAGAUCUUUAACAGUGGGCCAAUCCCACAACCCUGCCCCAGACUGUCUGAAUACUCACACCUUCUUUUCUCAAAGAA